CGGGGAAGCUCCGAUCUGAGUUUUUAGCGAUGGCGAAACUAAACCCUAGCUUAAUCUCUCUGAUUCUUAUCGGUCUCGUCGCGAUCGCCUCUGCUAGUGUUAUCUUCGAGGAGAAAUUCGAUGACGGAUGGGAGAAGAGAUGGGUGAAAUCUGACUGGAAGAAAGAUGACAACACUGCUGGGGAAUGGAGCCACACUGCUGGCAAUUGGUCUGGUGACGCCAAUGACAAAGGUAUUCAAACUAGCGAGGACUACAGAUUCUACGCCAUUUCAGCUGAGUUCCCUGAGUUCAGCAACAAGGACAAGACCCUUGUGUUCCAAUUCUCUGUCAAGCACGAGCAGAAGCUUGACUGUGGUGGUGGAUAUAUGAAGCUUCUAAGUGAUGAUGUUGACCAGAAGAAAUUCGGAGGAGACACACCUUACAGCAUCAUGUUUGGCCCAGAUAUCUGUGGCUACAGCACUAAGAAAGUACAUGCUAUCCUUACCUACAAUGGAACUAACCAUCUGAUCAAGAAGGAGGUCCCAUGUGAGACUGAUCAGCUCACCCAUGUGUACACAUUCAUCCUCCGCCCAGAUGCUACUUACAGUAUUCUUAUCGACAAUGUUGAGAAGCAAACUGGUAGCCUCUACUCUGACUGGGAUCUCCUCCCAGCAAAGAAGAUCAAGGAUCCAAGCGCCAAGAAGCCUGAGGACUGGGAUGACAAAGAGUACAUUCCUGAUCCAGAAGACACAAAGCCAGCGGGAUACGAUGACAUCCCAAAGGAGAUCCCAGAUACUGAUGCAAAGAAGCCUGAGGACUGGGAUGAUGAAGAAGAUGGUGAGUGGACUGCCCCUACCAUUCCCAACCCUGAAUACAACGGUGAAUGGAAGCCCAAGCAAAUCAAGAACCCUAACUACAAGGGAAAAUGGAAGGCUCCAAUGAUUGACAACCCUGAGUUCAAGGAUGACCCAGAACUCUAUGUGUUCCCCAAAUUGAAGUAUGUUGGAGUGGAAUUGUGGCAGGUGAAAUCUGGAUCAUUGUUCGACAAUGUCUUGGUCUGCGAUGACCCAGAGUACGCUAGGAAAUUGGCUGAGGAGACCUGGGGAAAGCUUAAGGAUGCUGAGAAAGAAGCAUUCGACGAAGCUGAGAAGAAGAGAGAGGAAGAGGAAUCAAAGGAUGCUCCUAAAGCUGAUUCUGAUGCUGAGGAUGAACAAGAGGAUGAUGACCAAGAAGGAGAUGACUCAGACGCCGAUUCAAAACCUGAGGAAACCAAGGAAGAAACCUCCUCAGAGAAGGAUGACGCCGCCGCUCAUGACGAACUUUAAGCUGAAGAAUGUCGAGAUUAAAGAUCCAAGCUUUCAGAGUCUUAUUGUUUUUCAUUUUUACCUUUAUGUUUUUAAGGAACUAUUUUAGCUCUAGUCUGUUUGGGGUAUUAGAGAAAUUGUGAGAUGGGCGUGGCAGCUUAUUUUAAACUUGAUAAAUUCCUGACUUUCGUAUUCUCUCUUCUUCUGUAUUUCUGCGGAUCAACAAUAGAUUCGAUAAAUUGCACCUAUUAGAUAAAAAAAGGAAGAAAGGGAGGGAGAUGUUGGAGAGAAAUUCCAUCUCCCUACUUAUUGUCGUUCGCAAUCCGACAGAUAUUAGGUGUGCUGGGAAGACGAAUGGUUUAAAGGGCGACCAAUCGGUUGAUUGUCACAAUUGAUCGACCUAAUCGGGUAAUGAUGGUCCGGUCGGCUUAUCCCUAACUCGUAAAAGCUCAUUAAACGAGUUCAGGCCAGAACUUCUUUAAGGCGAACAAGCUUUUGGUCAAACAUGAAUUAUAAAAGGAAGAGAAGGGACAAAAGGAAAAGGAUCCGAAAACUGAGACAAGAAUACUGACGGUAAGGUUUAGGGUUUUACCAUCGAUCAAACCUCCUUGUGAUCUCGUCAGACUUACACAAAGCUCCGACCUUUGUUAUUUUCCUUGAAUCUCUGUGUAAUCUUCUCUUGUUAUCAACUCUGAUUAAUAA